UCUCGAUCAUCGCCAGAGCAAAUGCGAAGGCCACGUGUAGAGCAGAGUCCAGGGCGCCACUGAUCGGGAUGUCUGUGUGCUUCUUCCUAGCUCGGGCGCCGCCAUGACGGACUUCCCCAGCGAGGCGCUGCCCGCCAUCCUGUCUGCACUGCGUGGCUCGGACCUGCGCACACUGCUGGCCCUGCUCAGUGUGAGUAAGCAAUGGCGCGAGGCCGCCCUCGCAGAUGCCGCCCUCUGGACGUCCAUUGUGGUGCCGCCCUCCCUUGCUCCGCGCCUCACUGACGAGCGCCUCCGGGCCAUUCUGCUGCGGGCGCAGCGCCGCGGCUUUGAUGAGAUUGACCUGACUGGGUGCGUCCAGCUGACGGUGGAGAGCCUGGACGCCAUUCUGGAGGAGUGUGCGCGCUUCCCGCGCCGCCUCAGCUUUGUGGGCUGCCCCCAGCUGCACUGGACUCACGUGCUGGCCCUCCUGGAGAAGCUGCAAACGGCGUGCCAACCCCUGGCGUCGGUGGCCCUCCGCACAGCCAGCAAAGAGGGGCACGCAAGAGUACCAGUUUCGCAGCAUUGCCCAGCUGCUGAUGGCGGGUGGUCAGAGAGCUACUUAGAACUUCCUGGGGGUAAAGUAAUCCGCAACCCGCACCUUCCUAGGGCGAAUCUUCUGGGCGCCACCGUGCGGGAGUCGGCGCCUGUGAGUGCACGCGCGGCGCCCAAGCUGGUGCGGCCGGAGCGGCGGCUGCGCGAGCUGGGGGUGGCGGGGAUCGACUUCCGGCGCUGCAAGUGGCGCGAGCUGCGCACGCUGCAGCAGUACGCGGAGCGCCUGGACGUGGGCGAGUGCGAGGACGAGCGCUGCUUCCAGAUCCGGCGUGUGGCGCCGUGCGCGUCGUGCCUCUGCGAGUGCUGCGAGCAGCACCUGUAUCGCUGCAGCGUGUGCGGGGGCCGCACCUGCCGCGAGCACUGCUUUGACCGCACGGCCGCAGACACGGAGCCGCGCCUGGGGGUGUGCUACCGCUGCCACCUGCGUGGUCGGCAGCACCGCCUCGCUCAAGCGCAGGAGUCAAUGGUACUCCCAGAGGUCAGUCAAGAAACGCGGAAUAAUCAAUAAGCCAGAUAAUGAUGGAAAGCUGUUCCGUCAAAGACCGAAGGCCCCCUCCAAGGGACUUCUGUUGCUUGCAUAGUUGAGGAAUUGUCGUGCAGGGCUCCAAAGCAAGGCAGGUUUAGGAUACUUUGCCAAGCGUCUCCCUCCUUCAUGGACUUGCAGGUAAGAUAGUGUUGAGUCGCACAGGCAAGGAGCGUUCAAAGGUGCAACACUGUCCUCGACUGAUGCACUUGACUAGGUCAGAUUCUUAGGAAGUUCACUACUAAGUCAUUGUAUUGGAGACAUGGACGCGCGGACGUUGUCAGGCCACAUCGGUAUUGAAUCGAACUUGCAUGAGCUAGGCUAAGUUUUGAUCUCGAUAGGAGUUCUGAAGUGACUGAUAGGUUUGCAAGGAGACUCAGGUUGUUUGACUAUUGACAGGCUGCGAAAAUGCAUGUAUAGCUAGAAAUGACAGACAGAACUUUUGUUAUACUUAAGGGGGAACUUUUUGUUUGCCUGUUUCCGGCUCGCCGUCACUUUUUUUGGC